AUGGCAUUUUCAAUGAAUGGUGGCAUGUCCAAACAAUCAUUUCGUAAAAGUUAUUCUGUCGAAUAUGGAUAUAAACCACGAAAACGAACAUUAAUUGCUGAUGCUGAAUUUGAUCGUGAACAACAUGAUGAAGAACAGCAUAAACAUCAACAUAUAAAACAUGAUGGACAAGUAAAAGAAGAAUGUACUUAUACGAUAUUAGUUACAAUUAAGGAUAAAAAAAGUGCAUCAAUAUUGAAUUUAAUCAAUACGUUUAACCGUGAUGGACUCCAAGUAAAACAUAUGGAAACACGUCCAACUGUUAUAUUACCUACUGACAAACAAUCAUCUAUGGGUAUAGAAUUUUUAUUUUUUAACAAUAAUACAAAUUUUAUGUUUAUUGUUAUUUCAGGUCUUGAUGUUUUUAUGGAAGUUUUAUGUACGGAUAAACUUAUGGAUGAUCUUAAACGAGAUUUAUUUCAAUCCGAUUCGAAAUUUAUUGUAAAAAAUAUCAAGCCUCAUACAUCUCCAUUACAUAGAGAAUCAAACGAAACGAACGAUGAAAAUGAUACAAAUGACAUUAUUUGGUUUCCAAUGUCUAUAUGGGAUAUUGAUAGAUGUCAUCAUUUACAUACGAAUUAUCAACCUGAUAUGGAUUCACGUCAUCCUGGUUUUUCUGAUAAGGCAUAUCGAGCACGACGUGAACAUAUAGCUCAGAUUGCAUUUGAUUUUCGACAUGGUGAUCUUAUACCAAGAGUUGAAUAUACAUUAGAUGAAAUAAAAACAUGGGGAAUUAUUUAUCGACAAUUAAGUAAACUUUAUCCAACAACAGCAUGUAAACAACAUAUUCAUGUACUUGAAAUAUUAGAAAAAGAAGGAGGAUUUUCUGAAAAAGCUAUUCCACAAUUAGAAGAUGUAUCACGUUUUAUGAGAAAACGAUCUGGUUUUCAACUACGUCCUUGUGCAGGUCAUUAUAAUUUAUAUUUCUCUACUAUCAUAAUCAAAUUUAUUUUAGGUCUACUUUCAGCUCGAGAUUUUCUGGCGAGUUUAGCAUUUCGAGUAUUUCAAUGUACACAAUAUAUUCGGCAUCCAUCAUCACCACUUCAUUCACCUGAACCAGAUGUUGUACAUGAGCUGCUUGGUCAUGUGCCGCUUCUAUCGGAUCCAAAUUUUGCUCAAUUUUCGCAAGAUAUUGGUUUAGCUUCGUUAGGUGUAAGUGAUGAUGAUAUUGUGAAACUUUCAACACUCUAUUGGUUUACUAUUGAAUUUGGUUUAUGUCGUGAAAAUGGACAGAUUAAGGCAUAUGGCGCAGGUCUUCUUUCAUCAUUUGGCGAACUUCAACAUGCAUUAUCAUCAAAACCUCAAAUCAAAUCAUUUGAACCAGAAACAACUGUUAUACAAGAAUAUCAAGAUGAAGAUUAUCAACCAAUUUAUUUCUUGGCUGAAACAUUUGAAGAUGCCAAAGAAAAAUUACGUAUUUAUGCUAAAUCAUUAAAGCGUCCAUAUGAACUUGUCUAUGAUUCAUAUACACAAUCAUUACGUAUUCUUGAUAAUGUUAAAGUUAUUCAUGAUCUUAGUACCAACCUGAAACUUGAAAUGGAUAUACUUGAACAUGCACUUGAUCGUCUUCAUACAAAUGGUAUUGAUUUUAAAGUUAUUUCAUAA